UUUAAGCAACUGUGUUGCUUGUUACCAAGCUGACUUUUGGUUUCAAGUGCCAGAAGUGAUUGUGGUAGGACUUUGCUGAGGAGCAAAUAAAAUGGAGCAUAAUGGAUCUGCUUCCAAUGCUGAUAAAAUCCACCAGAAUCGUCUGUCCAGUGUUACAGAAGACGAAGACCAAGAUGCUGCUCUUACCAUUGUGACUGUGCUGGACAAAGUCGCUACCAUUGUGGACAGUGUCCAGGCAAGCCAGAAAAGAAUCGAAGAGAGACAUAGGCAGAUGGAAAAUGCCCUCAAGUCUGUGCAGAUCGACCUGCUAAAGCUUUCACAGUCACAUAGCAACACUGGCUAUGUGGUUAACAAACUAUUUGAGAAAACUCGAAAAGUCAGUGCUCAUAUUAAAGAUGUGAAGGCCCGAGUGGAGAGGCAACAAGUUCAUGUGACAAAAGUUGAAACCAAGCAAGAGGAAAUAAUGAAGAAAAACAAAUUCCGUGUGGUAAUAUUCCAGGAGGAGGUUCGCUGUCCGACUUCCCUGUCGAUUGUUAGAGACAAAAACCUAACAGAGAACCAAGAGGAAGAAGAUGAAGUCUUUGAUCCUCCCAUAGAUCUUUCUUCGGAUGAAGAAUAUUAUGUGGAAGAAAGUAGAUCUGCCAGGUUUAGAAAGUCAGGCAAGGAACGCAUUGAUCAUAUCAAAAAAGCAUUUUCCAAAGAAAGCAUGCAGAAGACACGGCAGAAUUUUGACAAGAAAGUGAACAGAAUUAGAACGAGAAUAGUAACACCCGAGAGGAGAGAAAGGUUAAGGCAGUCAGGAGAGAGGCUGAGGCAGUCAGGAGAGAGGCUGAGGCAGUCAGGGGAAAGAUUUAAGAAAUCUAUUUCCAAUGCUGCUCCCUCAAAGGAAGCUUUCAAGAUGCGCAGCCUCAGGAAGCCUAAAGACACCAAGGCGGAAGGUCAGGAAGUGGGGCGGGACAUGGGUGUGGACAUCAUUGCAGGCAGCCCAGCUCUCGACGCCACCCAUGAGCUCCACCCCAAUGAGCUCCACCCCAAUGAGUUCAGUGAAACAGAAGAGGUGUCAGGCAGGACAGGGUAUGAGCCCCAAGUAGGAGGGGACUUCCCAACCCCCGAGCCAUUAAAGGUUACUUUUAAACCUCAGGUGAGAGUAGAGGAUGAUGAAUCUCUCCUGUUAGAUUUAAAGCAGUCUUCAUAAAGAGGAAUUACAUAUAAAUCCUUGCUUUUGUAGUUCUCAUUGAAUAAUAUAGUCAUUUAUAUUCAUAUGUCAUGUCGGAAAACAAAUAGUAUGGUUUCAUUUCUUAAGUUUAAAGCUUGAAAGAUGAUAUAUAUGCAUAUAUAUAUUCAUGUUCUUUGGGAAUUCUUUUUACUGAGCAUAUACAAUUCUAGCAGCUCUUUGCUGUGUCAUACUUUUUCAUGGCUUCUAAGUUCUAUUCUCUUGAGAGAGUAGUUGCUCAGUCCAGUCUAUAGACUCAUUUGACACUGGUAAAAGGCAACUUUGUACCCAUCAUUUACAAGCAGACUACCUUUUUGGUCUAGGUUACUGAUGUGGUCCACCUCAGAGAAGAAUAAUGCCAUGUGUGGAUUAUGUCAUCCCGAUUCAUCCACUCAACUGAUUCUUUAGUCAGUAAGCCACACCCCUUCUGAGGCUUGUGCAUAGAAAAAAGAAAGUUGAAGUUCAGGACUUGAGCAUUAGUCUGUAGCAUAAUAGCUUUAUUAUUAGUGAGACACCUGGCAGGUCACCUGUGUAUUCUCAUCGCUAGACAUGAGGACGUCUUAACCUGUCCUGCCCUUUUCAGAGGACGGCUGUGAAGAUCAGAGGAAAUGUCACACGCUCUGGGAGAGCCAGAAGCACAACCAGAAAAACACAAGCCACACUGUUCUCUCAAAAGCAGAAUCGAAAUAAUUACGUCUUGUGAUGAAGCCCCAAGCAUUAGGCAGAGAGAGGGAGAGAGAGAGGGAGAGAGGGAGAGAGAGAGAGA